AGAAGAAACACCUGUUUUACUCAUACUAGAGACAGACGAUAUUCUGACGAACAAAUAUCAUUUGUAUGCUUUCAUUUACAGAGAUAUUUAUGUUUGUAGUUGGAUUCAAAUUUGAUUAACUUGGUCAGAAAUAUUCUAGUUAGAAAUUCUGUGUGAUAUCAGUUCAAAUUUAAACGAAAUUGACAAUUUCACAAAUUGUUUCAACGACCAAAAUUAAUACCAAUUUGAUUUAUUGUUAUUGGCCUCCUAUCCUACUCUUAUAUAUUUUCACUUAUCCGGAGUUUAUUGGUAGAAAAGGAAUUAGUUCUCAGUCAUCUCGAAACCCUAAAAAGGUAAAUUUUAACGUGGUUCUAAUGACACGUGACUGUUUAUCAAUGUCGAUUGACGAUAAUAGCCCAAAAAAGGAUUCACUAUUAUUGCAUUCUUGUCAAUCCUCUUUCUCUGAUAAGACUAGAUCAUUAAAUGAAGGAAAAAUAAAACUUUUGCUUAUUUGUGGGAUAAUAUUUUUAUUCGUCGGAUUGACAUCAUUGAGUGUAGCCAUAUGGUUAAUCACAAGUUCAGAAUGUGCAAUUGAAGAGUCACACGAUAAAAGACAAAUCCAACAACUGUCUCUGACUCCUAGCAAUUCGUCUACAAAUCAAUCAGUCAAUCAAUCAGAAUGGGAGCAUGACAGGAAAUAUGACAUUGAUUUUGAACGCCUCAGGAACAGUGCUACUGUAAAGAACGUUGUGCAAUCAAGCACGCGUUUUAAAAGAAGUUAUGCUUUAAUAGCUGACUUAGCUAUAGAUGGUAAGAAGGUCUUCAACUUGAAAACAUCGCAAGAGCCCUCUUGUUCUCAAACAGAUUUUGAAACGAAUCCUUUCUUCAUCAUUGAUCUGGGCCAUAAAAGAGUUAUUAGUUCAAUAUACUUAAUAUUUCCUUUUGAUUACCCUUUGAGGACUCAAUGCAACUUUAAGGUACAAGUUGGUAUUGAUAAAUUGGAGGAAACAAUUCUUUGCCGGGAACAUCUAGGGAUACCAAUCAAACCGAAUUUAUUGAUAGAUUGUCAGAGACCCAUAUAUGGAAGAUACUUAAGAAUUGAGUUAUUAGAUAUUGGCAUUGAGAGAAGCCUGAGUAUUUGCGAAGUUGCUGUAUUGAAAACUUGA